AUGAAUGUGCAGGCUUGCUCCAGGUGUGGAUAUGGGGUUUACCCUGCUGAGAAGAUCAGCUGUAUAGAUCAGAUAUGGCAUAAAGCGUGUUUUCACUGUGAAGUCUGUAAGAUGAUACUAUCGGUUAAUAACUUUGUGAGUCACCAGAAAAGGCCCUAUUGUCUUGCCCAUAACCCCAAGAACAACACUUUUACAAGUAUAUAUCACACUCCGUUAAAUCUAAAUGUGAAGAAGACUCCAGAGACCAUCCAUGGGGUUCACCCACAGGAAGAUGAACGAUUUAAAUCGGUUUUUCAGUGGGACAUGAAGACCAAGGAUGGGGCAACUUCACCUAACGGACAACCACUGGUGAAUGAGAGACCCUAUUGGACUGGAUAUGGGGAAGGAAAUACUUGGUGCCCAGGGGCUCUGCCAGAUCCUGAAAUUGUAAGGAUGGUUGAGGCACGGAAGUCUCUUGGUGAGGAGUACACAGAAGACUAUGAGCCACAGAAGGGCAAGGGGAGCUUUCCAGCCAUGAUCACACCGGCAUAUCAAAGGGCCAAGAAAGCCAACCAAUUGGCCAGCCAAGUGGAAUACAAGAGAGGACAUGAUGAACGUGUCUGCAGGUUCUCCACAGUGGCAGAUACUCCUGAACUGCUACGGGCCAAGGCGGGGACACAGCUUCAAAGCGAUGUGCGGUACCAUCAGCAAUAUCAGAAAGAAAUGAAGGGCAGUCCUGCUAUUGGAGCCGAGGGCACGUUUGUAGACCAGAAUGACCAGGGUUACUCGGACGAGUAUGAAGAGCACAGGGGAAAGGGUAGCUUUCCAGCCAUGAUCACCCCAGCUUACCAGAAUGCCAAGAAAGCCAACGAGCUCGUGAGUGAUAUCAAGUACAGGCAGGACUUGAAUAAGAUGAGAGGCGCUGCACACUACCAUUCCCUUCCAGCCCGCGACAACUUGGUUCUUCAGCGCGCUCAGAAUGUGAACAAGCUUGUGAGUGAGGUGGAGUAUAAGAAGGAUCUGGAAGGUAGUAAAGGGCAUAGUAUCAACUACUGUGAAACGCCUCAAUUCAGGAACGUGAGCAAGAUCUCAAAAUUCACCAGUGAUAAUAAAUACAAAGAAGACUAUCAGAACCACAUGAGAGGCCACUAUGAGGGAGUUGGUAUGGACAGACGGACUCUCCAUGCUAUGAAAGUUGGAAGUCUGGCAAGCAACAUUGCUUACAAGGCGGAUUAUAAACAUGACAUUGUUGACUACAACUAUCCGGCCACACUGACUCCUUCCUAUCAAACCACCAUGAAGCUGGCUCCCUUGAAAGAUGUCAACUACAGGCAAAACAUCGACAAGCUGAAGUACAGCUCUAUUACCAACACUCCUCAGAUUGUUCAGGCCAAAAUCAACGCCCAACAGCUGAGUCAUGUGAAUUACCGCGCUGAUUAUGAGAAAAAUAAGCUGAACUAUACACUGCCACAGGAUGUGCCUCAGCUGGUGAAGGCCAAAACCAAUGCUCAGCUAUUUAGCGAGGUUAAAUACAAAGAAGAUUGGGAGAAGAUGAAGGGGAAAGGAUUCGAGAUGAAGCUGGACGCUAUGUCUCUGCUGGGUGCCAAGGCCUCUGGGGAGCUUGCCAGCAAUAUUAAAUACAAAGAAGAAUAUGAAAAAACGAAAGGCAGAGUCAUGGGCACCACAGACUCCAGGCUCUUACACUCCUUGCAGGUGGCCAAGAUGAGCAGCGAGGUUGAGUACAAGAAAGGCUUUGAAGAGAGUAAGACCCACUUUCGCCUGCCCAUGGACAUGGUGAAUAUCAGGCAUGCUAAGAAGGCCCAGGCUCUCGCCAGUGACUUGGACUACAGGAAGAAACUACACAAGUUCACUGUGCUGCCUGAAGACAUGAAGACCUGCUGGGCCAAGAAAGCCUAUGGGCUCCAGAGUGAGCUGCAGUACAAGGCUGACCUGGCGUGGAUGAAGGGAGUCGGGUGGCUGACCAAGGGGAGCCUCAAUUUGGAACAAGCCAAGAAGGCUGGUCAGCUGGUCAGCGAGAAAAACUACAGGCAGAAAGUCGAUGAGCUGAAGUUCACCAGUGUGGUAGACAGUUCCCAGAUGGAGCAUGCCAAGAAAAGCCAGGAGCUGCAGAGCGAGGUGGCCUACAAGGCAGGGAACGCACAGUCCGUCCAUCAGUACACCAUCAGCAAUGAUGAGCCUCUCUUCCUGCGGGCCCGAGCCAAUGCUGCAAACCUCAGUGAGAAACUCUACAAGAGCAGCUGGGAAAACCAGAAGGUCAAAGGGUUUGAACUGCGUCUUGACUCCUUGACCUUCCUGUCAGCCAAAGCCAAGAGGGAUCUGGCAAGUGAGGUGAAGUACAAGGAGGAUUACGAGAGGUCCCGGGGGAAGCUCAUCGGGGCAAAGGAUGCCCAGGGGGAUUCGCAAAUGAGCCACUCACUGCACGUGUCCAAGCUGCAGAGUGAACUGGAGUACAAGAAGGGGUUUGAGGAUGCCAAAUCCCAAUACCACCUCUCCCUGGAUAUGGUCCACCUUGCCCAUGCCCGCAAGGCUCAGCAUUUAGCCACAGACAUAGGCUACAAGACGGCAUCUCAUCACUUCACCGCUCUGCCCACAGACAUGAAGGUGGAAUGGGCCAAGAAGGCUUAUGGUUUACAGAGUGAUAACCAAUACAGGGCAGAUGUGAAGUGGAUGAAAGGCUCAGGCUGGGUCACCACCGGGUCAUUAAAUGUGGAGCAGGCGAAGAAGGCAGGAGAACUCAUUAGUGAGAGGAAGUACCGUCAACCUCCUGAUGCUUUGAAGUUCACCAGUAUAGAAGACACUCCGGAGAUGGUCCAGGCCCGGAUUAGUUAUACCCAGGCCGUGGAUAGGUUAUACAAGGAGCAAGGAGAAAACAUAAAACAUCAUUACACGCAGACAGCAGACCUCCCUGAAGUCCUGCUGGCCAAGCUCAACGCCAUGAAUAUCAGUGAGACCCGCUAUAAAGAAUCCUGGAGCAAACUUCGAGAAGGCGGGUAUAAACUGAGGUUGGAUGCCCUUCCAUUCCAGGUGGCAAAAGCUUCUGGAGAAAUCAUAAGUGAUUAUAAAUACAAAGAAGCAUUUGAGAAAAUGAAAGGCCAGAUGCUUGGCUCCCGGAGCUUGGAAGAUGAUAUCAGCCUUGCACAUUCUGUGCAUGCGACCUUGCUGCAGAGCGAUGUGAAUUACAAGAAAGGCUUUGAACACUCCAAGGCACAGUUCCAUCUGCCGUUGGACAUGGUAACCCUGGUGCAUGCUAAGAAGGCUCAGACCCUGGCCAGUGACCAGGACUACAAACACCCACUUCCCCAGUACACUUCCUUGGUGGAAGACUUGAGGUUGAGCUGUGUCAAGAAAGCUCACAAACUGCAGAGUGAGAAUCUGUAUCGUUCAGACCUGAACUUUAUGCGUGGGGUUGGCUGUGUCAUUCCAGGCACGUUGGAGAUUGAAGGGAAAAAGAAGGCGUCUGAACUCAUCAGCGAGAGUAAAUACCGUCAACAACCCCAGUCAUUCAAGUACACAGCGGUGACUGAUUCGCCCAGCCUCCUUCAUGCGAAAUUCAGCAAUCAGAUUACCAAUGAGCGUCUCUAUAAGGCAGCUGGAGAAGAUGCCAGGCACCAAUACACCAUGACCCUGGGUCUUCCGGAGUUCGUCAGAGCAAAAACCAACGCGGCCAAUCUGAGUGACACGAAAUACAAGGAGUCUUGGCGUAACGUUCGUGCUCAGGGCUACAGGCUGACAACGGAGGCGCUCCCCUUCCAGGCUGCUCGGGCCUCUGGAGAGAUCGCCAGUGAUUUUCUCUACAGACACGACUUUGUGAAGGAGCGGGGGCGGCUCAUUGGACCCCGCAGUGUGAGUGAUGACCCCCGGCUCCAGCACUGCCAGCGGAUGGGUCAGCUGCAGAGUGAGCUUCAGUACCGGAGGAAGGCAGCUGGCACUCAAGCCCAGUGCCACCUGCCCAUGGAUAUGGUGAACCUGGUCCAUGCCAGGAAGGCCCAGGCCCUGGCCAGCGACUGUGACUACAGGACACACUGCCACACGUUCACGGCGCUGCCCGAGGACCUGAAAAUGGCCUGGGCCAAGAAAGCCCACGCCCUGCAGAGUGAGUUUCGCUACAGAUCAGACCUGAUGGGCAUGAAGGGUGCAGGAUGGCUGACGUCUAGCUCCCCACAGAUGGAGAGUGCAAAGAAGGCUGGAGAACUCAUCAGUGAGACCAAAUACCGAAAGAAGCCAGACAGCAUCAAGUUCACCAGCGUGGUAGACUCCCCAGACCUCGUGCAUGCCAAGAACAGCUACAAACACUGCAACGAGCGUCUGUACAGGUUGGGGGAUGCUGAGUCUCUGCACAGGUACACGGUGAUCCCUGACCACCCCGACUUCACCCGAGCCCGCCUCAACGCGCUUCACCUGAGUGAUAAAGUCUACAGAGACUCAUGGGAGCAGACCAGGGCUGGUGGCUAUGACUUCAGACUGGAGGCCAUCCCAUUCCAGACGGCUCGGGCAUCCAGAGAGAUCGCCAGUGAUUUUCGGUACAAGAAGGCCUUCCUGAGGGACCGGGGCUUGCAGAUUGGGUACCGCAGCGUCAGCGACGACCCAAGGAUGAGGCAUUUCCUCACUGUCAGCAAACUCCAGAGUGACAACGAAUACAAGAAGGACUUUGCCAAGACCCGGUCCAAGUUCCACAGCUGUGCAGACCAGCCUGGCCUCCUCCAAGCCAAGAGGAGCCAGCAGCUGGCCAGCGAUGUGCAUUACAGGCAGUCCCUACCCCAGCCAACCUGCGACCUGGAGGAGCUGGGCCUGAAGCAUGUGCGGAAGGUUCACCAACUGCAGAGUGACGUCAAAUACAAAUCAGACUUGAACCUGACCAGAGGCGUUGGCUGGACCCCACCCGGCUCCUACAAAGUGGAGAUGGCUCGGCGGGCUGCAGAACUGGCCAACGCCAGGGGUCUGACUCUCCGGGGCGCUUCUGCUAGGGCAGAGGCUGUGGACGUCAGUGGCCAGUGGGAAGAUGUGAACCCUGAUACCACUGAGAUUCUGCACGUCAAAAGGAAGAGGGCUGUACACUGA